AAAGUAGUUUGGCCGCAGACUACGCGAUGUACAGAUCCCUUUUUUUGAUUCUUCUCCUGGGAUUCUCCUGCCUGGAGAUUCUUCAGGCCCGCCCUGCAUCGUCGAAGGUGCACCACAGAUUCGUGCGCAAGCGCAUCUCGCCGGAUGAUCCCGAUGUGGAGAUCAUCGAGGUCAAGGAUGUCUACUAUAUCCGGCGGCCCAAGAAGGUGGUCGUCCCACUCGACGAUGACGAAAUUGACUGGCGAAUUCGUUGCGACUUCGAUCCAAAUCACUCGGAAUGUAGGGAUUUGAUUAACAAGCCUGCGGCUCCCACUUUGCCCACCAGGCCACCCACAACCACAACCACCCAGGCGCCUACUACAACAACCACCACUCGUAGAACCACUCCAAAGCCUACUCCAGAACCCAUAAGGGAUGAGUCUAUGGAACGUGCGAUUCGCUGCGAAUUCGAUCCCACGGCGGAGGAGUGUGCACCUUCAACCACUUCAACAACAACAACCACAACUACAACAACCACCACAACCACCACGGAGAUACCUGAUACAUCUUCCGAAACCGAGCCCGAGCCCGAGCCCGAACUCGAAGCCGAAACCGAACCUGAACCGGAAUCGGAAUUGGAAAAUGAACCUGAAAAUGUUACAGAUUCCGAAUUCGAUUCCGAAGCGACGAAAGUACCAGAAGCUAUACCCGAUACCCAACCCCAGGAAGAGGAUGACGUGGUGGAGGAACAAGAUGAUGAGUUCCCAUUGACGGAUGACGAUGGUGAAGAUGACGAUGCCGAGGAUCAAAACGACCAGGUAGAUUACUCCGACCCCGAAGAUACGUACGAUAACCCUCCUAACGGAUGGGAAGCCGGCUCAAUCGGCAGUCACGAUCCCAACAUGUGGACUUAGUUAGAGGAGCGGAAAUGGGAUUUCGAUUUGAUGUGUUACUUUAAUUGGAGAUCAAUAAAAUGGCAAUUGCGGAACUGCAA